AUGGGUUUCACAAACAACCUAGCCUUGCGCCAGUUAUCCGGCGACCACGGCAAACUACUAAAUGCCAUCAGCAACGCCCACUCCCUGGGUCUCCAUUGCCUCCAUGACCCCCCGAUGCUGGUAGUCUGCGGGAAAAUCUCUAGUGGGAAGAGCUCUGUCCUGAAGGCCAUCUCGCGCAUCCCGUUCCCUUCCCACGACGAAAGCAACCGCUGCACCCAGUUCGCAACAGAGAUUACUCUACGACGGAGCGACUCGCCUAGUACAAAGGUCUCAAUCAUACCCGGUCCCUCGUGCACCGAUCCCAGUGAGCGAGCGAGACUGCGAAACUACAUGCAUGACGGCGUUCCCGCUGGGUAUACUUUCCCUGAUAUUAUGAACGUCACGGAACUCGAAGUGGGCCUCUUGGAGGUUGAGAGGUUUGACGACGUCACUGACCAUGUCCUGAAAUUCGAGGUUUGUGGGCCGGAUCUGCCGGAGUGUACUGUGGUUGAUCUGCCUGGUCUGGAUAUUCCAACUACUGAGCAUGACGACGAUCAGUCCGCUCGAGUCGCCAAGCAGCUGGCUGAGAGGUAUAUGGCCAGUACUAGGAGUAUUGUCUUGCUAGUGGUCAGUGCCGAGCACUGUGACCAUAUGGACGAGCUUCUUGAAAUGGUUCGUCAGUUCGAUAGGAAGGGCGAGCGGACUCUAGGAAUUGUUACUCGUCCUGAUACUCUCCAAUCUGGUUCUGAGGGGGAGGACUCAGUCCUUCAACUUUUACGGAAUGAGAGAAUCAAUCUUCCCCUGGGAUGGCAUGUUUUGAGAAAUCAUUACCCUGACGAACCCGCUAUCUCAGACAAUGCUCGAGACCAGCAAGAGAGAGCUUUCUUUAACGAGGGAAGCUGGAGGACUUUGCUCCCCGACUGUGUAGGGGCAGAGAGCCUCCGACGACGACUCAGUGGUAUCCUAUUCGACCAUCAUCAACGCCAUCUUCCUACCCUGGUUGGGGCAAUUCAAAAGCGCAUGUCCGAUAAUCAAGCUAGACUGUCCAAGCUAGGGAAUUCUCGCACUACAGCCGAAUCGCAGCGGGCCUAUCUCUUGGAUAUCGCAACUGAUUUUGAGCGAAUUAUGAACCACGCCGUGGAUGAGACGUAUAUCGACGGCUUCUUCGAUGGCCUUGGUAGACGGCUGUUAAUUCGGCGCACGAUCAGGCAACUCAACGAGUUUUUUGCAGACGCAAUGGCUAUCAGAGGUGCUCAGCGUAUCAUUUCAGAUGGUCCCCCAUCAGUCCCAUUUACGAUCAACCCAUACCUACAAGGCUGGUCGCCUCAAGGUGUCACUCGCACGGUUCUCGAAAAGGAAGCUCGUGAGCUUAUGCGCAAUUAUGGCUCGGAGGCAGCGGGAAAUGCUAAGCGCAUCGUUGCUGGGAUGCUGUUUCGCGAACAGGCACAGCCCUGGGAGGAGUUGGCCAGGAUGCAUCUGCUGAGGGCUUGGGAUGCAAUCAAGCACUUUGUGUUCACUGCUCUGAAGCAUUUAACUGACGAGCGCAUCUCUAUUAUUCUAGCGAGGUCUGUCGUGGAGCCAGCACUUGAGAGACUCAAGCAGGAUGUGCUGCAAAAGCUGACAGAGCUGAGCUUGCCCACGAAGCGCUAUGUUGCUUUGCCCAUGAGUAAAGCUGAAACUGCUCGCGUCGAGGAGGCGAGAAAAGCCCGUUUGCUACAAUCGCUCGAAACGACACUGGCAGCAGAGAAUCUCCGGAACCCCGGGCUCUUCUAUCUGGCAUCCAUCAAAGAGGCUGUCCUUCAUGUGGACGCUGCACGAGAUGAACAUGCAGCGGCAGAGAUUGUCGAUCAUAUGCAGUUUCAUUACGAGACUGCUGUUACUACAUUCAUCGACAAUGUGAACAGUCUCGCUGUUGAGAACUGCCUAGUUAACCCCCUUCGAGGCAUCUUCACCAGCCAGGUCGUGAACAGCAUGAGUGAAAGCCAGAUCCAAGAACUCGCGGCAGAUCCACCGAAAGUCAUUGAGGAGAGGAGCCGCCUUCGUACUGAGCUGGACGAGUUCCGUGCGGCCAUUCGAGCUUUAGAUGUCUUUCGUCCAUUGGAGUUGUCUUUCGAGAACCUCUCAGUGGACAGUAAACCUGAUGUCCCGGAAAGCCCUAGCCCGCAGGAAACCUCUACCUCCUCUCUGAAUGUAUCACCGCGAUCUCAUUCUGGAUGCAGCUCUAUAGCAAGUAGGUAUACCCCACCCAUACUUCUUACUGUUUACUAA